AUGGGCUCCCUCGACAACGGGGCCGCGGCCGCGGCGGGGAGCUACAAGCGCGGUCCGGGCCCGGCGCUGCGGGCUGGCGGCGUCGGCGGCGGCAGCGCGCGGAAGGUGCGGGCGAGAUCCAGGCUCGCGCGCUUCCUGCUGUUCGAGAAGGUGGACUAUCUCCAGUGGAUGGUCGCCGCCGCCGCCUUCUUCUUCGUCGCAAUCGUCUUCGUCGCGUUCCUCCCGGGGUCGGGCGUCGUCGUCGUCGAGCGGCCCAGGCUGACGCUCCCCUCGCGCCGCGCGGGACCGGGGCGCGUCGGAGGCGGAGGCGGGGGCGGGACUGCCGAGGACCGCGGCGACGGCCUCCUCGUCCGGUGGGAGGCGGGCGUGGCGUUCGAGUUCCAGCCGACCAGGUUGAGGGAGAAAUGGGCGAGGGAGCUGAGGGAGGAGGCCAAGAGCUUGGCGGAGCUCGGCACGCCCGUAACGAGGCUCGGGGUACGGAAGCCGCGGCUUGCCAUGGUGUUUGGUGACCUGUAUCCCAGCGCAAUGCAGCUUCAGAUGGUUAGUGUCGCCUCGGUGCUGGAAGCCAUGGGCUACGAAAUGAAGGUUUUCUCACUUGAGGAUGGCCCAUGUGGUAAUAUCUGGAGAGCCAUUGGAGUACCAGUGAGCAUACUACCUGAGGACGCAAACUUACCUAUUUUGGUAGAUUGGUUAGACUAUGAUGGCAUACUUGUCAAUUCUAUUGAGGCAAGACCAGUAUUCUCAAGUCUUCUGCACGAGCCUUUCAAAUCCAUACCUAUCAUUUGGACUGUGCAUGAAUAUUCUCUUGCACAUCGUGCUAAAGAAUAUAAUGCGAGUGGAAUGAUUCAGCUCAUAAAUGCUUGGAAAGAUGUAUUCAGCAGGGCAAAUGUUAUAGUUUUCCCAAACUAUAUAUUACCGGUGAUGUAUGCUGCAUUUGAUUCUGGUAACUAUUUUGUAAUUCCAGGCCCCCCCUCAGAAGCAUUUCAGGUUGACAGCUUUAUUGCUAAAAGUUACCAUGAAGAUGUGAGGAUCAGCUUGGGCUUGAGUCCCAAAGAUUUUUUAAUUGCUAUUGUUGGUAGUCCAUUUUCAUAUGGUGAUAAUUUGAUGGAAGAGGCACUUGUCUUGCAAGCAGUAAGUCCUCUGUUACAGAGAUAUCGCUCUGAGAAUAGCACACAAUCUGAACUGAAAGUAAAGGUCUUCACUGGGAACAUAACUGAGAAGCAUAGGAUGGCCCUUGAGUCUGUUGCUCUAAGUGUUGGCUUCCCAAGAGGUGCAGUGGAGCAUGUUGCUGCUGAAGAUAAGGACAACCUCCUUGGUACAGCUGACCUUGUUAUAUAUUAUUCUUGUCUCGAGGAGCAAUUAUUCCCCAGUGUGCUAGUCCAAGCUAUGAGUCUUGAGAAGCUGGUUAUAGCUCCAGACCUUGCAAUUAUUAGAAAACAUAUCGAUGAUGGAGUAAAUGGACUUCUGUUUCCAAGAAAGAAUAUUGGCAUGUUAGCUCAAGUUCUUCUUGGAGCAGUGUCGAAUGGUAAAGUGUCUGUUUCAGGGCAAAAAAUUGCUUCAGCUGGGAAGGCCCAUGCCAAGAAUCUUAUGGCUUCUGAGACCAUUGAAGGUUAUGCUGUGCUAUUAGAAAAUGUUGUCAAGUUCCCCACUGAUGCACUGAGCCCUUUAACUGCUGGUGAGAUACCUUUAGCUCUGAAACAGGAGUGGAAAUGGCACCUAUUCGAGGAUGUGAAUCAUUUACACUGUAUGAAUUCAAGUUUUUCUGGCUACAAGAUACUCCAGAAACUAGAGCAGGAGUGGCAUAGCAACCAAAUGGAAAACUCUUCUUUGAGUACAACAAAGAUCAGUGACGCAUUCUCUGCAAUUGCUUGGGAGGAACAGAGAGCAAAUGAGGUUAUGGACAUCAAAAGAAAAAUGGAGGAAGAGUUGAAGGACAGGAAUGACCAACCGCAUGGAACAUGGGAGGAGGUGUACAGAAAUGUGAAAAGGGUAGAGAGGUUAAAAAAUGAAUUGCAUGAAAGAGAUGACAAGGAGAUUGAGCGGACAGGUCAGCCACUUUGUAUAUAUGAGCCUUUCUUUGGGGAGGGGACCUGGCCCUUUCUGCACCAGAGCUCUCUUUAUCGUGGAGUUGGCCUGUCUUCAAAAGGUCGAAGACCAGGAGCCGAUGAUAUUGAUGCUUCUUCUCGUCUUCCUCUUCUCAAUAAUGUCUAUUACAGAGAUAUUCUUGGUGAAUUUGGAGCUUUCUUUGCUCUUGCCAACAGAAUUGACAGAAUACAUAAAAAUUCUUGGAUAGGGUUUCAAUCCUGGAGAUCUACAGCAAGAAAGGCAAACUUGUCAAACAAUGCUGAAUCUGCAAUCUUAGAUGCCGUUCAAUCUCAAAAGCAUGGAGAUUCCUUUUAUUUUUGGGUUCGGAUGGAUCAAGAUCCAAGAAACCACACUAAUAAAGAUUUUUGGUCCUUCUGUGAUGCGAUCAAUGCUGGGAACUGCAGGUUAGCUGUUUUGGAGGCCUUCCAAAGGAUGUAUGGUGUACAUCUUGAUCAUGACCUGGAUUCUCUGUUACAUAUGCCUAAUGAUGGAGACACAUGGUCUGUGAUGCAAAGUUGGGUUUUGCCUACACAGUCAUUCCUAGAAUUUGUUAUGUUUUCAAGAAUGUUUGUUGAUGCAUUGGAUGCACAAAUGUAUGACAAACACCAUCAAACUGGGCAUUGCAUCUUAAGUCUCCACAAGGACGAGCACUGCUAUUCUCGUGUUCUGGAGUUGAUUGUGAAUGUUUGGGCAUUCCACAGUGCACGGCGGAUGGUCUAUGUUAAUCCUGAGACUGGUGCAAUGCAGGAGCAGCACCAUCUCAGUGGCAGGAGAGGUCAAAUGUCAGUGCAGUUUUUCUCCUACACCACUCUGAAAAGCAUGGACGAGGAGCUUGCAGAAGAAUUUGACUUGGAUCACCCGGACAGGAGGUGGCUCUGGCCACAAACUGGAGAGGUCUUCUGGCAGGGUCUCUAUGAGAGGGAGCGGAGCAUGCGGCAGCAGGAGAAGGAGCGGCGAAAGCAGCAGAGCAGAGAGAAGAUCCAGAGAAUCAAGAAUAGAGCUCGGCAAAAGACGUUGGGGAAGUAUAUAAAGCCACCGCCUGAUGAUACAGGUGUCUUGAAUGAUACAACAACAGUAGAUUUGUAG